AUGGGUCGUAAUACCACCCAUAACGAACUGCGCCAAAGAGGUUAUUGGAUCGUCGGUGGAUCAUCAGCUGUAGCGAAUAUUAUUUCUCAGUGCGUGACCUGUCGCAGGCAGCGUCGACCACUUGARCAACAACAAAUGGCAAGCCUUCCCAAAGACAGAGUUGAACAGGCUCUGCCCUUCAGUUACUGCGCAGUGGACUAUUUCGGUCCUUUUGUUGUCAAAGAGAGAAGGAGCGAGGUAAAACGAUAUGGAGUGCUGUUCACGUGCCUAGCAUCAACAGGAGUGCAUCUCGAGACUGCRAACAGUUUGGACACGUCUUCAUUCAUCAACGCCCUUAGACGAUUUCUGGCCCGUCGCGGCCCCGUGAGACAGAUAAGAUGUGAUGAAGGAACCAAUUUUGUUGGGGCCCRAAAUGAGCUCAAGGCAGCACUCGCGGAAAUGAACCAAGAGAGAGUAGCAGAGUACCUACUUGGACAAGACUGUGAAUGGAUUUGCUUUCGAAUGAACACCCCACAUUCCAGCCACAUGGGCGGAUCCUGGGAACGCCUAAUUGGAACCRUGCGAAGAGCCUUGGAACCCGUUCUCAGAAACCAUUCCCAACAGCUGGACRAUGAGUCUCUAAGAACUGUCAUGACAGAAGUGGAAAACAUCGUGAACUCAAGAYCCUUGACAGCUCAUAAUCUGUGUGACUCAGAUGCACCAGAGCCCUUGACACCUGGUCACCUUCUGACUAUGAAACCUAAGUUACUGAUGCCUCCUCCAGGAGAGUUCCAGAAAGCAGAUGUUUACAGCAAACAACGYUGGAGGAGAGUACAGUAUCUUAUCAACGAGUUCUGRUUAAGAUGGCGAAGAGAAUUCCUGCACACCCUUCAAGAGCGUGAGAAGUGGGUCAAUCCAAAACGAGACCUCASUGUGGGAGAUAUUGUGAUUGUGAAGGACGGAGACUUGGCACGAAACAAGUGGCCUCUUGCGAAAGUGGUACAGACCCAAGUCUCAGAGGAUGGUCAYGUGAGAAAGGUUAAACUCCUUAUAGCUGACGGAGCUCUCAACAACAAAGGCAAGCGCCUACACCCCCCUUCCUAUCUGGACAGACCAAUUCACAAGUUGGUUCUUCUUCUUCCUGCCGAAAGCUGCCAAGAAGACUAA